AUGAAGAGCGGUAUCGUGUUUGCUUGUCUGCUGGUCGCGGUGUUGGCGGCCGAUAAAUAUAACUCCAAAUACGACAAUUUCGAUGUGGAGACGCUGAUCACAAACGACAGACUACUGAAGUCGUAUGUAAAUUGCUUCUUGGAUAAGGGCCGCUGCACACCUGAAGGCACGGAUUUCAAGAAGACCCUGCCUGAAGCCGUAGAGACCACGUGCGCAAAAUGCACAGAGAAGCAGAAAGGCAACAUCAAGAAGGUGAUCAAAGCGAUCCAGACGCGACACCCCAGGCAGUGGGACGAGCUCGUCAAGAAGAACGACCCGACUGGCAAACACAUUGCCAACUUCAACAAGUUCAUUGAGAGCUAAACGUAGUUAUGGAAGCUUAAGUUAAGUUAAGGGGCCCAAAGAUUACCAGUUCGCCGGAUGAUAUCAGCCUGUCAGUUAGGGCUGAUUUAGACGGCGCGCGAACUCGUAUGCAAUUUUAGUUACAUAAGUUACAUUGAGGACAAUAUUGGUUACGUCCAAUACAGACGACCAAUUAAAAUACCGCAAUGUAAUGAAACUCGCAUGCGAGUUCUCGCACCGUCUAAAUGAGCCUUUUAAUCGCAAAAGGUGACAGUCCCGAACAACGGACAGGCUGAUAUCGUCCGGUGAACUGAUAAUCUAUGGGUCCCUUUAGAUUAGGAAGGCUGCUACGAUCUCCAAAAACGAUUGAAUUUAGGCCCUUAGCCCAAAUAAAUAGAGUUCAACCUAAAAUCUCGCAUUAGAAGAUCGUAUGUUGCCUAUAACUCAUCUGUUGUCGAUAGGUACUUUUCAAAAUCUUAAUGAUUUUCUAAAAUUGGCAAAUUAAUUUGUAGCUGUGUGGAAGCAUUAUUUAUUGUAUUUUCACAAUAUAGACUGAUAUUGUAAUAAAAGAUAUCCGACAUA